UUAUAUACAUUUUUUUCCCCUUAAGAGGGCCUUUAAAUAAAUAUCCAAUCUUCUUCCCUUUCCCUACUCAAAUAUCUUCCCUCCAUUUUCUUCUCAUUUCCACUUUGCUAUUUUCUCUUCCUUUACAAAUAUCCUUCUCCAUGGCUCCUCAAACACUGGAUGGUCUCACCUAUGAAGAGGAUUAUAUAUUGAACUCACGUGGGGUGAAGCUUUUCACGUGCAAAUGGCUUCCAAAGGACAAGGAACCAAAGGGUUUGAUCUUCAUCUGUCAUGGCUAUGCAAUGGAAUGCAGCAUCACCAUGAAUAGCACUGCAAUUCGGCUGGCACAAGCAGGUUUUGCAAUCUAUGGGAUUGAUUACGAAGGCCAUGGAAAAUCAGAUGGCUUGCAAGGCUAUAUUACAAGCUUUGAUUAUGUGGUGGAUGACUGCUCCAAUUACUUCACAGAAAUUUCUGAAAGGAAGGAGAAUAAAGGGAAAAUGAGAUAUCUGUUAGGGGAGUCAAUGGGAGCAGCAGUGGCUCUGUUAUUGCAUAGAAAGAAACCAGAUUAUUGGGAUGGUGCUGUCUUAGUUGCACCUAUGUGUAAGAUUGCAGAGGAUGUAAAACCAAGUCCAAUAGUUGUAAAUAUACUGACAAAGCUUUGCAAUGUUAUACCCACAUGGAAAAUAAUUCCAACCCAAGAUAUCAUCGAUGUUGCUUUUAAAGUUCCUGAGAUUAGACAUCAGAUCAGAACUAAUCCUUACUGUUACAAAGGGAGGCCUCGCUUGAACACGGGCCAUGAACUCCUCAGGAUCAGUCUAGAUCUUGAGCAAAGACUCGAAGAGGUUUCAUUACCGUUCAUAAUCCUCCACGGAGAGGAAGAUCGAGUGACCGAUGUGUCGGCGAGCGAGCAACUCCAUGAGAAGGCAUCGAGCUGGGACAAGACCUUGAAGAAAUAUCCAGAGAUGUGGCAUGGAUUGCUAUAUGGAGAGACAGAUGAAAACAUUGAUGUUGUAUUUGCAGACAUAAUUGCUUGGUUGGAUGAAAGAUGUGCUUUGGGAAAUUCAAGGAUAGAAAAACAACUCAAGACUGAAUGUGAUGAUCUCCAAACCAAAUGAUUUCAGAGUUUUCAUGUUCUGUAUAUGUUUUUUCUGAUUGUGGCAAAGUUCUUUUCUUAUGAUAUUUGUAAAGUUUACAUAUAAGGUGCAAACAAAAUCUAAAAGUGCAAACAAAAUGUAAAAGUGAAAUAUGUACGAUAUACUAAAUCAAGUUCAUUGAAAUAGAUAUGGUGUGUUUAAAGAGUUUGUGUA